GGUUGCAAAUCCUAGCUAUGAGAAUGGUUUGUAACCCAUCAGAGCUCAACUCUACCAGACAAAACCUUGUUCCUUAGUAUUUCAUUUCUCUUAGGAGGUUUUCUUGGGUCUCACAUAAGCUGUGUUGAUAUUUGAGUGCAUGGAAGAUCUCUGAAUGUGUGUGGAAACAGUACUCCAGAACUGGCUAGUGGGUGGCUGUGAGCAGAGGGCUUUCUCUUGGGCAGUUGCUACUUCUCCAAGCCCAGUUGCAGUUGUGGCCUGUGUGUGCCGGUUGGCUGCCAUCAGCCAGGCACCCCUUUGUAGCUAUUACAAAGCCAGGUGUUAAUGGCCAUAAUUUUUUAGGGAGUUCUUCUGAGUUGUGCUUUUCCUUGUCUCCUGCAGUGUGAAUGGUGUCCUGGGGUUUGACCAGCAUUAGCUGUGUUGUAUAAUUUUUGUCACACUGUGAGCGAGGUUUGUGUUUUCUUCGUUCAGGCUGUGAGAAGACGUUCAUCACCGUGAGUGCCCUGUUUUCCCAUAACCGAGCCCACUUCAGGGAACAAGAGCUUUUCUCCUGCUCCUUUCCUGGGUGCAGCAAACAGUAUGACAAAGCCUGCCGACUGAAAAUUCACCUGAGAAGUCAUACAGGUGAACGGCCAUUUGUUUGUGACUCUGACAGUUGUGGCUGGACCUUCACCAGCAUGUCCAAACUUCUGAGGCACAAAAGGAAACAUGAUGAUGACCGGAGGUUUACCUGCCCUGUGGAAGGCUGUGGGAAAUCAUUCACGAGAGCAGAGCAUCUGAAAGGCCACAGCAUAACCCACCUUGGCACAAAGCCAUUUGAGUGUCCUGUGGAAGGAUGUUGUGCGAGGUUCUCGGCUCGUAGCAGUCUGUACAUUCACUCUAAGAAACACAUGCAGGACAUGGAUGCUCCAAAAAGCCGCUGCCCAGUCUCCAGUUGUAAUAGACUCUUCACCUCCAAGCACAGCAUGAAGGCUCACGUGGUCAGACAGCACAGCCGGCGCCAAGAUCUCUUACCUCAGCUAGAAGCUCCAAGUUCUCUUACACCCAGCAGUGAACUCAGCAACCCAGGCCAAAGUGAGCUCACCAACAUUGAUCUCACAGCGCUGUUCUCUGAUGCACCUGCUAAUGGUAGCGGUAAUGGUUCUGCAGGCGGGUCGGAUGAGGCACUGAACUCUGGAAUCCUGACUAUUGACGUCACUUCUGUGAGCUCGUCUUUGGGAGGAAACCUCCCUGCCAGUGAUAGCUCCGUAGGGCCCACGGAUCCCCUCGUCCUGGUUGCCCACAGUGAUAUUCCUCCAACUCUGGACAACCCUCUUGUUCUUGGGACAGCAACCACAGUUCUCCAGCAGGGCAACUUCAGUGUGGAUGAUGUGCAGACUAUGAGUGCAGGGGCAUUAGGCUGCCUGGUGGCUCUGCCUGUGAAGAACUUGGGUCAAGACCCACCAGCUUUGACCUCCAACAGUAACUUAGCAGCGCACAUCACCACACCGACCUCUUCAAGCACCCCCAGGGAAAAUGCCAGUGUCCCAGAACUGCUGGCUCCAAUCAAGGUGGAGCAGGACUCACCUCCUGGCCCCAGUGCAGUCGGGCAGCCGGAAGAAAGCCGUGGGCUCCCUCAGUCUAUGUUGUCCGGCCCCACAGAGAGGCAUGGUGCUCAGGACACAGAGCUCAAUGCAGGCACUGGCAACCUCUAUUUGGAAAGUGGGGGCUCAGCAAGAACUGAUUACCGAGCCAUUCAACUAGCCAAGAAAAAAAAGCAGAAAGGAACGGGGAGCAAUGCAGGCGCCUCAGGGUCUACGCAAAGAAAAACAAAAGGUGGCAAAAUCAGUCCCCCCCACCUCCAUUCAACCCAGGGCAGUUGGUUUUGUGGGAGUCUCAUGGUGCCCAGCGGAGGACAGCCCGGACCCGCUCCAGCAGCUGGGGCACCACGCAUUCCAGUCCCAUCACUACAGGAUGAGCCCUCCGGCGAAGGAGUCCUGCCGCCAGCCCAUGGCCUGCUCGCCUUCCAUUCCUUCCUUACCAUCGACCUGCCCGUCUACGUCUUCCAGGAAGUACCCCCCACAGCUGGAGGCGUUGCUGGACCUGAGGCAGCACAGUUCCCAGGAAGCACCAUCAAUCUGCGGGACCUGCAGUGACGGCAGCCCCUUCCAGAAUAUGCCUUCCUGGAGUCUUGGAUGACAUGACCUGUGGGUUGGGGAGACCCCUACUUGGUUUCCAUUCAGAAGACCAGCCUAGUUCUUUUGAGACUUUGGGUGCAUUUAUUGAAGAUGUUUUCCUUCUGUUUCGCCAGGAGCCUGUUUGGGUUAUACUCUUUGAAACUGCCUUUGCAAGCAAAGUGUUUAAGUGGAGCAGGGAUUGUUCUCAGCGAGGCUGCACAUCAUAGCUCUCCCAUUCCCCGUUGGAUCUGAGCUGUGCAAUAUUUGUUGCAUUUAAAAAAAAAAGAUUUCUGCAGGAAGUAGGGUAGAGUUCAGGCCCCCUAGUCAAAUACAACUUGAUCUGUGGUAAAACCAAGUGAGGUGUUUUAGCACUUUGCAACUGAGAUUUCCCAUUCUCCCUUUCUGAGAGCUAUUGUAUCAGGCCGCUUCCCAGCACUAUGGAUAGCAUUUGUGGGUGUGUUGGUUUUGCCACACUGGAGAGCCAAGGUAGUCUCAUUGCUACAGCGAAGCCAAAUUUUAGCCCAUGUCUGGCUGAGCAGGCGGGCAGCUAGUUUUAAGGAAGAUGAUGGUGUGGGAGGGCCACCUCUGUGGCCUGUGGGUGAGCCUCUUCUUAGACCUUAGAGUGCAGAGUUAGGGAUGGUAGAGUUGAAAGUUAAUUUUUCUAAAUUCUGUAUUUGGGCUUAUAUAUUAAUGGCAAAUAAUAACUUGACAGUGGUUUAUAAAGUGAUGUUUUGGAUGCUAUAAAUGAUGUAUAGGGCUGUGAUAA